AUGUUGUUGUUAUCGUUGAGUUUUAAGGUUAAUUUCGAUUAUGAAGAGAAAGAGCGGGAAGAACUGCAACGAAUACUACGCGGCGAAAAUGAUUCAAACGCCGAGAGCAAACUGACGAAAUUGCGUCGAGUCAAUUCGCAUGCUUCAGACAAAGAUGGCGAAGAAUCGGAUGGUAGAAAGUUGAAGAUCUAUCGAACAUACAGAAACGCUAACGGCACGGAGCACGUGACUGUCGAGUACGUGACGAAGAUUCAGCUGAUCGAGGCGUAUGUCAAGAUCCGCACGAAAAAGGACGAGGCGUUCAUCAGACAUUUCGCUCAGAUGGACGAACAGUAUCGUGAGGAACGACGAAGGGAGAAAAGGCGGCUUCAGUUGAUGCUUUUUCAGGACCAGCUUCGCCGUAUUCGGAAAAAUGAGAUGAAGGCAAAAAUGGGUUUUCCUGUUGGAUCUCGCCUGAAGUUGGACAGAGCAGGGAAACCGCCCGCACCGCCAAAACCGUCGUUGUUGAAAAUGAGGUGCAGUGCGUGCGGUAGGACUGGCCACAUGAAAACUAAUAAACACUGUCCUCUGUACGGCCGGGUGAAGGUGCCCCCACAGCAGGUGGCGCCCACCGACGAACAGAUCGAGGAAGAACUGCAACUUCCCUCGACGUCAGAGAAUCUGGUGUCAGUCGAAGGUACGAAGGUGAAGCUAAGCAAGGUUGUGGUGGAACAUGCCGAAAAGAUGAAAAAGAAGGCGCUGAAAUUGAAGUUUCCGAAACUGAUGGUUCAGAAUCCCGCUAAAUUGAGCACAUUUUCUAAGUACAAAGAAAUGAUAGAUGGCAGCAGGCGGACAGACCGAUCUAAAAUAUCAUCGCCUCCGUUCACCCUUGGUUCCUCAUUGGGCAGAACGAAAUACUACGACGAGGGCGUGAAACAGUCAGUGCAUCGACGACGAGCUGAUCCGAAAGUAACCAUGUCGGUGGUGCUCGAGAAAAUUCUUAACGAACUGAAGGGUCUGCCACAGGCGCGAAAUUUCUUGCUACCUGUCAAUAAGAAAAGCGUGCCUGACUAUUACAAGAUCGUGAAAAAGCCGAUGGACCUGCAACAGAUCCGUAUGAACUUGUGCAGGAAUCAUUACGUGACUCGAGAGGAAUUUCUGAAAGACGUACGACAGAUCUUGGACAAUAGUCGUUUGUACAAUGGUGACCAAAGUUAUAUUACUCAGGCGGCGAGAGACAUUUUUGAGUACGCCAGCCGACGGAUCGCCGAGAAGGAGCAUAAAAUCAUGAAGCUCGAAAGGGCGAUCAAUCCGCUGCUAGACGAUAACGACCAGGUGGCGUUCAGUUUUAUUCUAGAACGCAUCGUCGAUUCGUGUAAAAAAAUCCCACGCUCGUUUGCCUUCCACCAACCAGUGGACCGAAAAAAGGUGAAGACCUACUAUGAAAAGGUGACGCGUCCAAUGGACCUGGGCACCAUGGAACACAAAUGCAAACGACACAUGUACCAUUCAGUUGUCGAAUUCAUUAGGGAUGCUGAACAGAUCUACAUCAACAGCGAAAAAUUCAACGGUCCUUCGUCAUCUUUUACACAGAAGGCAUCUGAAAUUGUUGCGCUAGCCAAGAAACUCAUCGCAGAGGUAAAAGUGCUUUUGAAUGUUAAAUGA